UUUUCAUUUUAAAUACCAAGUAUGUGUUUUCACUGACAUCUGUGAGAGCUGCUACAAUGAAAAUUACCCUGAGUAGUCACACAUAGGUGUGUGGCUGUAUUAGCAAAGGCCAUCUAUGAAUUGUGUUGUGAACAUAAUCAGGGAGUCACAGAUAAAACUUGGGUUGCUCUGGGUCAGGCAGGUUUUCCCUUGGUACUUCCCAGGAAUCGCUGCAAUCAGCACACUUGUGAUAGGUUUUUAUCUGUUGCUGGGUGAGUUGCUGUGCCUCAUCAUGUAGUGCACGUUUCUGUCGUCUAGCCAGUUAGGACCUACCAGAGAAAGCCAUUAGUGAGUAAGGCACACCCAGACACUCAUUGCUGCCUCGAGAAUGGUCCCCAGGAUCUAGUGAGGUCCCCUGCAGACCAGAGGCCUGCCCUUUCCUCUAGACUGCCCCGUCGCAUCAUUCCUCCCUUCUUUUUAAAAUUUGUAUCAGCCUGGAUUAUAACUUACAGUAAUUCAGGUCUGUUAGGAGAUAGGAUGGUGUCCGGGCUGGAAGCCUUGGCUUUAUAAUGUUGUCUCCUUGCACUGAGUUGUUUCCACACCCUGCUUUCCUUCUCGUGUCAACCAUGUGGAUCUCCCCAAUGCCUGGGUGAUUUAUUCGUGUAUUUUUCCAAAAUGGAUUAAUUAUGCAUGUCUCUGGGUGUAUAGCAUAUUGUUGCUGUCUCAGUUCUUGGGCCUUUUAGUUUCUGUGCUUUGUCUGCGUGAGGUUGGAAGAGAGAUGCAUCUAUCAGGAUCCUGGAAUUCUUCCCAUCUUUAUCAUCUUCCAUAUGCUAUAUGUUAUAGUUUUACCUAACUCUCUCCCUUUAUUUUAGAAAUUUUUUGCUCCUUCCUCUGUCUUGAUCUUUUUGUAAUUUUUGUAUAUAACAGAUGAGUAUGGUAGUUGAACACCCAGUUUGGUUUGUGAUCUGUUCAAGGUUAGCCUCUACUUGACUUAGUAUCCUUGAACCUAACCAUUGUGAUGUUUGGCCUUUGUCUGGGAAUAGUUACUACAAACAGUGUUCCACACUGCCCCCUGCAGGUGUGGUGGAGGUUCUGGGUGCAGGUAACAAACUAAGCUGGAACGAUAGCCCAAGGCAGCUUAUUCCGUGUGUAGGAGUUUUGUUUAUUUUGUUUUCAUUUUUCUCUUCUUCCUUAUUCAUUUGAAAACUUAAUAGCAAAAACAUUGAUAACUCCUUCCACCUAGGCAUUUUCUCUAAGUUCUGGCCUGUUGUCCAAUGCUGAGUGAAGUUUAGUCAGGUCUUUGUAGAUGUCCUGAGGGUGAGAGAUAGUAUCUGUAGUUGCUUGAGUGUCUCUCCUCGGGUCUGCCCAAGUGAUGGCACUUGGUUUGGUUUGUGAACCUGUCGUUGACUCUAGCUGCUCAAUAGUCAGCAGCAAUUCCUAGUUCCUCUGAUUUAUAAGUUUGCAUCCCCAGAAAGGCCAGGUCCCGUGGACAGACUAGGUAGGACAUGUUUACCAGAGAUGGAUCCCUGGUUAGGCUGGGAGCAGAUAAACAUGGGUGAACUCCAGUCUGGCUGCACGGGUGUUUGUGCUUCACCAUGGAUGCAGGGCUCCUAACAGGCUUUCUGCUGCAGCGUGACAAGCUUCUCUGUAGAGAUGGUCGCAAAGAGGUAAGCAUUGUCAAUGUUUUCUCUCUUCCCCAAAGUUUGGGAGCCUCUGGUGGAGCAAGUAACUGGGACUCGUACAGUGAUCAUUUCACCAUUGAAACCUGCAAGGAGACAGACAUGCUGAACUACCUCAUCGAGUGUUUUGACCGAGUUGGAAUAGAGGAAAAAAAAGCGCCAAAGAUGUGCAGCCAGCCCGCAGUCAGCCAGCUCCUGAGCAACAUCCGCUCGCAGUGCAUCUCCCACACCGCGCUGGUGCUGCAAGGGUCCCUCACACAGCCCAGGUCCUUGCAGCAGCCGUCCUUCCUUGUGCCGUAUAUGCUGUGCAGGAAUCUCCCGUACGGCUUCAUUCAAGAACUGGUGAGGACCACUCACCAGGAUGAAGAAGUGUUCAAGCAGAUCUUUAUCCCUAUUCUACAAGGCCUGGCUCUUGCUGCCAAAGAGUGCUCCCUCGAUAGUGACUACUUUAAAUAUCCCCUCAUGGUAAAGUCUUUUUCCUUUUCUUUAAGAGAUAUUUAAGUAGAUAUUUUUCUU